CCUUCUUCCAGUUGGCCUUUCCAGUUUCCACAAGUUCCUGGAUGAACUCGGAGUCCUUGGGCUUCGGUUUCGGGCGAGAUUCCACAUCGCCUGUGGUCAUGGAAACAAUCUUACCUUCCUUGUGGAAUGAUGAGUUGUCGAACUUGCUUGGUUUUCUAGACAUAUGCGUAAAUGAUGGUUGAGAAUGAUACGAAUGUGAAAUAAGGCUCUCCAGUUGGUGGAAAGAUCUGGUAGUGUUUGCAAACCACGUGAUUGAGUUUCGAUGUGAGAAUGUUCUGGUUUUACCAGGAGAAAUCAUGGAUGUUUGUACCACGUGACCCCUCUCGAUCAACAAAACCAUUUGCCUAAAAUAGAACUGCCGCUUUACAAAGUAUCACCAUUAUGUCUACUGAACAAUUGUUAAACAAGUAUCUUCCAUCGCACCCUAAGCCAGAUGGAAUCAAGUUCGUCUACGGAACCGCAGGGUUCAGAAUGAAGGCAACUAGCUUAGAUUACGUCAAUUACACCGUGGGUAUUGUUGCAGCAUUAAGAUCAAAGUUCUUCAAGGGCCAAACUAUUGGAGUAAUGGUUACCGCAUCGCACAACCAUUUCGAGGACAAUGGUGUCAAGGUGGUGGAUCCAUAUGGCAGUAUGUUAGAAACCAAAUGGGAAGGUUAUGCCACCAGAAUUGCCAACCUGAGUCACAGUGAGUUGUUGAACACUAUCAACGAGAUCAGUAGGGAACUCAAUAUUGAUUUGAAUGAAAAGGCACACGUUGUGAUUGCCAUGGACUCCAGAGAGUCCAGUCCCGCAUUAACUAAGGCAUCCAUUGAUGGUGUCAACUCUUUGCCAAACAGUAGCGUCGAAGAUUAUGGAUUAUUCACCACUCCCCAAUUGCACUACAUCACCAGGACAUUGAAUGAUCCCAAGUUUGGCGAGCCAUCUGAAACUGGCUACUACUCCAAAAUGGCACAGGCUUUCAAGAACAUCUUCAAACUUAAGGACUCAAAAAUAGACAUCACCAUAGACGCAGCCAACGGUGUUGGUGCGCCAAAGGUGGCUGAUUUGAUUGACAACUACUUAUCUGCAGAAAUUUCAUAUACAUUGGUCAACGCUGAUUACAAGACUCCCAAUCUUUUGAACUACGAUUGUGGUGCCGAUUACGUCAAGACUAAUCAGAGAUUGCCCAAGAACGUUGACACCCCAAAGGCCAACCAGUUAUACGCCUCGUUCGAUGGGGAUGCUGAUAGAUUGAUUGCAUACUACCAACUUCCAACUGGUCAAUUCAGAUUGUUGGACGGUGAUAAAUUGUCUACCUUGAUUGCUUUGUUUUUCCAACAAUUAUUCAAGAAUAUCGACAGUUUGGACUUGAACAUCGGGGUCAUUCAAACUGCAUAUGCCAAUGGAUCUUCUACGAAGUAUGUUGAAGAUGUGCUCAAGAUCCCAGUCAGGUGUACUCCUACUGGUGUCAAGCAUUUGCACCACGAAGCUGAAAACUUCGACAUUGGGGUCUACUUUGAAGCUAACGGUCAUGGUACUGUGAUCUUCUCACCCGAAGCAGAAGCCAAGAUAUUUGCUUACCAAGCUGGCAAACCUAAGGAAGAGGAGUCGAUUGAGGUAUUGAGACAAUUUACUCAAUUAAUCAACCAAACUGUGGGUGAUGCCAUUUCGGACUUGUUGGCUGUGUUAGUCAUCUUGCACUAUUUGGACUUGUCGCCAGAAGAUUGGGAUAAGUCUUACCAGGAUUUGCCAAACAAGUUGACCAAGGUGAUUGUUGCCGAUAGAUCUGCGUUCAAGACCACUAAUGCCGAGAGAACGUUGGUCGAGCCAGCUGGUGUUCAGGACCAGAUCGACGCGUUGGUGGCCAAGUAUGCUAGUGGUCGUUCCUUCGUUAGGGCUUCGGGAACCGAGGACGCCGUCAGAGUGUAUGCGGAAGCCGACACCAAGGAGAACGUGGAAGAAUUGUCCAGACUCGUCGGCGAGUUGGUGAAGUGAUUCUUCUAUCUUCUAUAUAGGUACGUGUAGAUCAAUGUUCUUAUUUCGAUUAUGCGGAAUUGUAGCGACAGACCCUACAGUGCUAGCACAACCAUCAGGCUGAUUGCUCAAUAUUCUUAUUUUGUUUAUGCGGUAUUGUAACGGACCCUAACACCACCAUUUGGCGAUUGCUCAAUGUCUAUACAAUCUAUGCUCGAUGCUCUUUCUUAUACUCGCCUGGAGUC